AUGGUGAUUCCCUCGGGAACUAUGAGUCCACCAGCAGAGGCAUCGUCCCAGUGGAUUUUAAAUAUAUUCGAUACAGCUGCGGGAGUUGGUAUCCUUAAGAUUCUUCCAGUACCUUUGAUCAAAGCCAUUUUAUCCAGAGCUGUGCACCCAGAUAAACAAGGUGCACUGUUUUCGAAUAUAUAUCUGUUAGAUACAGUUUGUACAAUUUUUGGAUCUACCUUAUUUAAUAACAUCUAUCAUCAUACAGUUACAUUACACAAAGGAUUUGUGUUCUUUGUUAUGGCUGGAUUCCCUUUCAUAGCUCUUGUUAUGAUGAUAUUUGUUACGUGCAAGACAUAUUCGACAAGAGAUCCAGUCGAGCUAGACCUCGACAAUCCGCAAAUACAAAAUUCAGAUUCGCCAUCUUGACUACUCGGUGAAAAAGUGGGAUUUUCAAGUUAUCGUAUAAAUGGCAAAAUAACUCUUGUUAUAAACUUAAAUGUUUUUGAUUCAUAUAUUAAUAUUAUUUUUUAUUAAUUUUUUAUUAAUAAAAAUGUUUUUUGAAAAUUGCAUCUUUUCGAUACAUAUGGCUGUUUGCAAAACUAUGUAUUAUUCU